GCCACCAACAUACCUUUCUUCCUUUCUUUGCUCCAGAGAGGCUUCCAAAACCAACCAUUUCUUUUCUUCAAGUUAUGGAUCCACAAUGGGCUGACUUUCUCAUGAGUCCCAUCAUCAAUACCACAAUUUCCAAGUUGAUUUCCACUGCUGCCGACGAAAUCAGCCUUGCCGUCGGGUGUAAGAAGGAGCUUGAAACGCUUCAGAACAAACUGCGCAUGAUCAAGGAUGUAUUGCUGGACGCAGAGGAGAGACAGGUGCGAGACCGUGCUGUGAAGGGUUGGCUUGAGAAGCUCAGGGAUGUGGUUUUUGAGGCUGAUGAUGUGCUGGAUGAGGUUACUUACGAAAGUGAGAAGUGCAAGGUGAAGAACCAAGACCAAAAGCUGAAAAAGAUUAAAACCAUUCUAUUUCGUAGGGGGAUUGCUAAGAAGAUUAAUAAAAUUAUUGCAUUGAUGGAAGCUAUUAACAAUGAAGCAAGAGAGCUUGGACUCCAAAAUAGACUUGCUGGCACAGUGGUUUCUGAGCGUAGAAGAAACGCACAGACCCAUUCCACUAUUGGUGAUUUAUCAGAGGUUGUGGGGAGAGAGGAUGAUAUUUCCAAAAUGGUGCACCUCUUAACUGACUCAUCUAAUGAGUUACGCCUUUGUGUAUUGUCUUUAGUGGGUAUGCCGGGUCUCGGUAAAACCACGUUAGCACAAGCUGUGUGUAAUGAUAAGCGAAUCAAAAACUACUUUGGUAAAAUAAUGUGGGUUUGUGCAACGGACAGUUUUGAAGUAGAGAGGAUUUUAACAGAAAUGCUGGAGUCUCUCUCCGGAAAUUCUUGUGCAGUAAAAAACAAAAAUACUGUGAUUCAAAAAAUAAGAGAAGCCAUGGGGGAGAACAACUUUCUUCUGGUACUGGAUGAUAUGUGGGAUGAAGAGAGUCACGGUAAAUUUGAAGACUUGAGAAGCUGUUUGCUAGGAGUAUGUAAAAUGUCAAGGAAUAGAGUUAUUGUGACAACUCGAAAUGAAAAAGUUGCAUUGAAAAUGAGAACACUUCCUCAACACAUGCAUCAUCUUGGGAAACUACAAAUCGCUAACUGUUGGUCUAUUAUCAGGAAAAGAGUACCUCGAGAUGCUUCUAUAACUCUAGAAUUGGAGAAAAUUGGAAGGGAUAUUGCUCAAUUAUGUGGAGGUGUGCCAUUAGUUGCAAGGAUUCAUGACUUGCAGAUCCAAAAGAAUCCAAUGGCUAAUAUCACAAAAGGAAGUGCUCCGGCAACACUUCCAAUUAUGGUUGCUAUCUUUGACAUCUCCUUCUUUGAACUUUAACAUUGAAACUGUGAUGUUGAAGAACAUGAAAUAUCACAUAAAAAAAUUUGGACAAGCUUUAUUAAUGAAAGGAUGCAGAAUAAUACAUAAACAAUCAUGGUUUUUCAAGUGUGGUGUCUAAAGUGUGAUGAUUGUGGAUCAAAUUUUCAAAUUGAUUUUACGGUUUAAGUGUUCUGAUGUUUUUGGUUGGUUUUGUCAAGUUUAUCUUGGUUUGGACAAUUCUGUUUCCUUCGUUUAUGGCUUAGUUAGUAAGGUAAAAAGCAGAAAUAAUCUAAAUAUAUGCUAUGUUUUGUC